GUCAUCCUAGACUUGUCCAGGCUCUUUCCAAACUGUACUCUCGAUUGGUCGGUAGGGAUCUGGAUCCGAUGAAAAAUAUAUUGGUCACCGUCGGAGCGUCCGAAGCCAUUUAUUGUACCAUGCAAGGAUUAGUUAAUCCGGACGACGAGGUAAUAAUCAUAGAACCUUUCUUCGACUGCUACGAGUCCAUGACGAGACUUGCGGGAGGAGUGCCGGUUUUUAUUCCGCUGAAAUGUAAUAAAAAAGAAGGGCCAAAUUAUAGUAGCGAUUUGAUAUUGGACUUUAAAGAAUUAGAAUCAAAAUUUACAAAUAAGACUAAAUUAAUUAUUGUUAAUACGCCCCACAAUCCUCUUGGCAAGAUAUUUUCGAGAUCAGAACUAGAAAUGAUUGCGGAUCUUUGUAAAAGAUAUAACGUGAUUGCCAUAAUGGACGAAGUGUACGAAUGGAUCGUUUACAGGGGACAUGAACACGUUCGUAUGGCUACUCUUCCCGACAUGUGGGAAAGAACUAUUACCAUUGGUAGUGCUGGUAAAACUUUUAGCGUAACUGGAUGGAAAUUAGGAUGGGCUUACGGUCCCGAAAAUUUAAUGAAAGCUUUAAGUUUAUUACAUCAGAAUGUCGUAUACACCUGUCCAACUCCCAUUCAGGAGGCGGUGGCUGUUGGAUUUGAAAAUGAAAUUGAACGGUUAGGAACGCCAAAUAGUUAUUGGAAAGAACUUUCUGAUAUGUUGGAAGAAAAGCGUGAUAAAAUGGCAAAAUUUCUCUCUUCUUCGGAUAUAGUACCUACAAUUCCUGACGGUGGAUAUUUUAUGAUUGCGGAUUUCUCAAAACUUGGUUCAAAAAUUUCUAUAGACGAAGAUAAAGGUACUAAAGAUUAUAAAUUUGUAAAAUGGUUAUCAAAAACUAAAAAGUUGCAGGGUAUACCACCAAGUGCCUUCUAUUGUGAAGAGCAUAGAUAUUUAGCUGAAGAUUAUAUACGAUUCUGUUUUAUAAAAGAUGAUAGCACUUUAGAAAAAGCUGAAAGUAUCUUAAAAUCGUUAAACGAUUCAAUUGAUAAAUAAGUUUAAGUUAUCUAUUGAAUUUUUUAUUUCAGUUGAUAUCUCUGAAAAUAUAUUAUCAGGUCAAGAAAUAUAUAUUAUAAAUUUUUAGACUGGCAAAACUCAGAAAAACUUAUUGGUACAUAAGUUCAUCUCUAAGUUAUUUUAAAAUCCAAUAAUAAUAGGAUUUUAAAAUAAUCCUAUUAGAAAUUGAUAUACAUAAAAAGUUAAUAACAAUCUGAAACUGAAUUAAUGACAAUGUUGUUUAUGAAUUUCUGACUAUAUUUUUGAGAUAUGUUGAAAAAAUUUUUCGUAAUUUUUAGAUUUUAAGAAUAUUAUAACACAAACUUUGGUUAUAAAUGUAUUCCUACUUAUAUUUUGUUUAUUACAGUAGAGCGUCGUUUAUCCGAAACGUCAGUUAUCCGAAAGAAUUCCAGUGGGCAAAUUUAAAUUUUUGCUAGUGCUGUA